AUGGCUUUUCUAACUCGAACAUCCUCGCGAUUUUCUCACCUAGCUUCACCACAACGUGUAGCUUCUCUCCACACAACCCUACCUUCGCUAUCUACAACCUCACCUACGCCUUAUGCUCCACCGCCUCCCCCGUCGGCUUCCUCUCCCGCCGGCCUCUCAAAAUCGGGGGAGUACGUGAUCUCAAAGGUUGACGAUCUCUUGAAUUGGGCGCGUCGUGGUUCCCUCUGGCCUAUGACCUUUGGGCUCGCUUGUUGUGCUGUUGAAAUGAUGCAUACCGGUGCCGCUCGUUACGAUCUGGAUCGAUUUGGGAUUAUUUUCAGACCUAGCCCUCGCCAAUCUGAUUGUAUGAUUGUUGCUGGUACUCUUACCAACAAAAUGGCACCCGCUCUUCGCAAGGUUUAUGAUCAAAUGCCGGAGCCUAGAUGGGUUAUCUCCAUGGGAAGUUGUGCUAAUGGAGGAGGAUACUACCACUACUCUUACUCUGUUGUCCGGGGAUGUGACAGGAUAGUUCCCGUUGAUAUUUAUGUUCCAGGCUGCCCUCCAACUGCCGAGGCUUUACUGUAUGGACUCCUCCAACUGCAGAAGAAGAUCAAUAGGCGCAAGGACUUCCUCCAUUGGUGGUCACAGUGA